AUGCAAAGUCCCCGCGAGAUCUCGUCCGAGCCCCAGGGCGCCCUCACGCCGUCCACUGCGCAGCUUGUAGCAAAAGCUGCGGUCGAGGUGCCGGAGACGGGUGUGACCCCCCGCGUCUUGGACUCAACUGCUGCCCGUCAACCUUGGGCGAAUCUCAGUGUCGACACGACCGCCAGUCCUCCCUCGUCUCCGUCUCCUCCUCCUCUCACUCCUUCUAGUAGUACCCACUCUCACGUACCUCCUGCCGCUGCAAUAACCGCUUCCUCUCCGGCAACAGCCAGUGCGCCGUCGUCUCUCCGCUCCGGCUCGGGGUCGAGUCACGUCACCCUCCCAGCCGGUCUCUUGCCGGAACGGUACACGGCCGACUUGACCCAUUGGCAGUCACCCGCUGACCUCCCCGAGCGUCGUCUCAUGGUCCAACGCAUCAUUGCCAUGACCCGCAGCAAGCGCGUGGCCACGGACACGAGUGACGCUCUGGGCGUCGAUGCCCGGACGCCGUCGUUGGCCAAACGCAUUGAGCUCUCGCUCUACUCGCGUGCAGCGUCGUUUCUGGAAUACCGGGACUUGAACACGCUCCGCCGUCGUCUCCAGUCGCUCGUGUCGUUGAGUUUCCAUGAAGCUGCCGUCUCUCGUCGUCAAGCAGCAGCAGCCGCUGCGGCAGCGGCGGCAUGUGUGACGGCAGUCCCAUUGCUGGGCAAACGCAAGGGCCGAAGCACAAGCACGACCACGACCUUUGGCGUCUCGCGACUUGUUUUGAAACGGCCGCGACCUGACGACUGGAAUUUUCCGACGGUUUCGGAAUGUUCUGUCGAACCAGCUGGCUGUGCCGCGCCGUUUUUUCUCCUGGACGAAACGCUAUUGGGACUUGUGUUUGCCUUUCUGCCCGGGGUGGAGACCGUCCGGUGUAUGCAGUUGAACCGCUUUGCGCAGCGGGUCCUCCCGGACUGUGUGUUUGCAUUGGAUGUGGAGCUGCGGCAACUGCAAAGUGCGUACCGGUUGCACGCCCUCGUGGACACGACUCGCCCUGCAGCGACGUUGCUCUGUCAGUUUCCCAACUUGACUGACUUGACGGUGUACAAUGCGAGGAAACCGCUGUGUGACCAGCAAGAAGACGGACCAGCGCUACAUGCCUGGGGCUGCAGUGAACUGGACAUUAGUCAUGACAAUGUUGGGGAAAAAGUCGUGCAGCAAUUGGCCGAAGGCAUUGAACUCGGUGCGUGUCGACGUCUCACGAGUCUUCGUCUGGUCUCGGUGUUUACCAACACGUGUCGGGGCAAUGCGCUGCAUUUGUUAUGUGCCGCUCUGGUCAAAGGAUCGUGUCCAGAUUUGCAGGAUUUAUUGCUGGGUGGCAAUGGCUUUUCGGAUGUCGGCACGGUGGACGUCGCGUGGCUGUUGAAAGCUGGCUCGUUGCCGAAACUCGCGCGGUUGGAUAUCCGUCGCAAUUAUAUCGGCGAGUCGGGGCUCAAGCGGAUCAUGGCUGCGUUGCGUGUUGGUCGGUGCCAGCAGCUCAAGUAUUUAUGCAUGGGAGGGAACAUUAUCACGGACAAUUGCGUCGCGCCUGUCGUGAAGCUCCUCUCGAGUGCGCAGUGUCCGCAAAUGCGGUUUCUUGGACUGGAAGAUAAUUUCCUGAGUGCACGUGGCGUGCAGUGCAUCAUUAAAGCGGCCGUGGCUGGUGGAAUGAUGCCGAAAUUGCACCAUGUUUCGUGCGAUGGGACGCUGGGCACGGACGAGGUUCCCAGUGCACGUGCAGCGUAA